AUGCUUAUAUUGUGGCUAACAGUCUCGAUGGUAUUAACCUAUAAUGUUUGCAGUCAUACAUCAAAUUUGCAGGAGUCACAGGCGAAUUCACCACAAGAAAUAUUUCAAGAUCAAAAUGCAGAGCAUUUAGGUGAACAUCUAAAAGACUUUGGAGGAAAAAACGUGACCGAUAUGUCAUCGGAUGAACAAUCAUUCUACUAUUUUAAAUUGCAUGAUGUUAAUAAUGACAAUGUUCUGGAUGGAUUAGAAUUAUUGUGGUUAUUACGAGACUUUACCAAACCCCACGCGAAUGACACCGAUGCAGAAAACAAUGCUAAUUCACAUGAAAUGAACUCAAGAACAAUUGAAGAAUUAACGAGAUUAACAGACAAAACUCUUUCACUUCUCGAUUUUAAUGGUGAUGGCGCUGUAUCGUACUCCGAAACAGGUGUCACACCUGAUGUUUCAACUCUAACUACAAAAGAUCAAAGUAGUAAUAACUCAACUUCACUUGAGAAAUCCAGUUUAGAAACAAAAGAGCCCAAUAUAAAUAAUCAGUCAUUUCAAGGUAAAGCUGGUCGUAUUGCUAAGUUUUUUUCUUUUAUCAAACACGACACAAAAACUAAUGAACAGCAACAGCAACAACAGCAGCCGCAGCAGGAACAGCAACCAUCAACAGCAACAAAAUGGUAUAACAGAAAUGAAUUUGAAACUGAAAAAUUACCAAUUUUGUGGACAGAAAAUAAACCUAUUAUAGAAAAUAAACCUAUCAUAGAAAAUAAACCUAUCAUAGAAAAUAAAUCUAUCACCGCAAAUAGUGUUACUUUAUCAACAAAACCAUCUUUGGGAGAUCAGGAACAGAUUUCUUCGUUGCAUGCUGUACCAAGCUAUAGUUUAAGGUCUACAGCCAUUUAUAGUCCGCCACAGAGUGAUACGAUUCGUCAUAGUAGAGUACCAUCAUCUCGCAAGAAUGAUAGUCCAACAAAUGUUAAAUAUUACAAUACUAAUCAUAAUAUUUCGAAUGAUAUCAAGAAUAAUAUUCCAAUUAGAAGGCAUACCAAUUCGACAAUUAAACAUGAAGAGCAUUCAUCACAAACAACAAUGGUAUCAAGAGGGCUUCAAACAGAUUUAAAUUCGUUUCCCACUGAUCAACACGUGCGAAACCGAUCAAAUGAAAAUAUGUUUAAUAUGACACCGAGUAAUGUCUAUUAUUAUGGUAUGCAACCUACGUCAAAGAAAGUACGCUUUUCUGAAAGACCAAUAGAAACAAAAAUAAGGCCUCUAUUCUAUCAUAUGCCGCUGCCACCAACAACGUUAAAUCCUUACAUGCCACAAGGCGGACAUUAUUUAUAUCCGUCUUAUCAACCGUAUGAAAUUCCCCAAGUAUCUGUUCUGCCACCUAUAGAGACAACUCCACUUUGGACAAAUGCUGGUUACAAGCGGACAUUCGAUGAACAAAUGCCUCAAAGAUUUUCGGCUGCUCCAAUUAUGCAACAGCAACCGUUAAGAUCAAACUUGCCACAGUCAUAUUAUUAUUCGUAUCCAAAUAGUUUGUAUCAACGACCUCAAACACUGUCACCAUCACAAUUUAAUGAUCCACACAGAUAUACCAUGUCAGACAAUAAUCUGCACUAUUUUUCACCUGAACUUCAUCAAACUGCUUUGAAAGGAUUAGAAACAAAUCAGAGAACCACAGUCCGUGUAAGUUUUUCAAUGUUUUAG